AUGCCAGAGAUUGGCAAGAACCUGAUUUCAGUAGGAACGCUUGAAGAAAAAGGAUGUGAUUUCAAGGGGUCAAAGGGAGUGCUCAAAGUAACAAAAGGAUGUUCUGUGAUCAUGAAAACAGUAAGGAAAGGGACAGAUACUCUCUACUUCUUACAAGGCUCAGCAAGAACUACAGAUUUUGAGAGCAACAUUGUGAAGAAGGAUGCUGACAGUGAAUCCUAUACAAGACUCUGGCACAGUCGUCUUGGUCACGUAGGACAGAAGAGCAUGGACGUUCUUGGCAAGAAGGGUUGCUUCGAUAGCAACAAAGUCACAGAGGUCUCAUUUUGCGAAGACUGUGUUCUUGGAAAAACACACAGAGUCAGCUUUGGUCCAGCGAAGCAUGUAACUAAAGCUAAGUUGGAUUACAUUCACUCUGACUUAUGGGAAUCACCUAACGUUCCCAUGAGUUUAGGGAGGUGCCAAUACUUCGUUUCAUUCACAGACGACUGGUCAAGGAAGGUGUGGAUCUAUUUUUUGAAGACCAAAGACGAAGCAUUCGAGAAGUUUGUGGAAUGGAAGAAGACGGUUGAAGUUCAGAGUGAAAGAAAGGUCAAGAGGCUUAGGACUGACAAUGGGCUUGAGUUCUGCAACCAGCGCAAAAUUGGAGUGGCAGAGAGACUCAACCGGACUAUUAUGAACAAAGUGAGGAGCAUGCUAAGUGAAAGCGGAUUAGAGCUUCGGUUCUGGGCUGAAGCUGCUUCAACGUCAGUAUACUUGAUCAACAGAACGCCAUCAUCAGCUAUCGAGUUCGACAUACCUGAAGAACGGUGGUCAUCAGCGGUUCCUCACCUAUCCGGACUCAGAAAGUUUGGAUGCGUAGCACAUACACAUUCAGAUGAUGGGAAACUAAUUCCAAGAGCCAAGAAGGGAAUCUUUACUAGUUAUCCAAGCGGCGUUAAGGGAUUUAGGAUUUGGUUACUAGAAGAGGAAAAAUGCUUAAUAAGCCGCAACAUAGUCUUCAAGGAAGUCUUGAUGUACAAACACGUCAAGUCUGAGGUACAAUCUCCUAACUCUAGUGACAUUCCUGUUAUUACUGAUGUGUUUGUUAGCGAUGAUCUUGCAGGUAAGAAUACAGGAUCAGAAGCUCAACAUCAAGGUGGAGCUACUGAGACUGAGAUCCUCCACUCACCAGAGCCAGAGAAUCAGAAUGAGGAUCAAGAUCAGACAGGUCAGGACCUGGAAGGUUAUCAGUUGGCAAGAGAUCGUCUGAGAAGACAGACGAAGAAACCAUCUCGGUUAGAUGACUUCCUCACGGAAGAAGAAGAUGAGGAGGAUAUAGCGGGCUAUGCAUACCUAAUCAUUGAAGAUGGAGGAAGACCAGCUCCUGGAAACUAUCAAGAAGCAUUAGAUGAUCCAGACAGUGAGAAAUGGCUAGUAGCGUUAGACGACGAGAUGGAGUCACUUAUGAAGAACAAGACGUGA